AGGGUUUCUUCAACGCUACUCUCUCUGAAACCCUCCAAUUCCUUCACAGGAUACUUAUAUAUAUCCCUACUUCUGCGUGCCACUCUCGACAAGAAGAAGAAAGCAACAGUCUUUCACUACCAGAAAACACCUCGUUUCUUUUUUGUCCUUCUCUGAUCGCAAAUGGACUUUCACAGCCUUGCAAGGAAAGAGCUCCAAGCUCUCUGCAAGAAGAAUAAGAUCCCAGCUAACAUGACCAAUGUCGCCAUGGCCGAUGCUCUCAAAGCUCUUGAGAAGGUGGAAGGACUUGAUGAACUCAACAAUGAACCCAGAUCCAAUCCUCAGGAAUCCCCGGAGAGAACUACUAAUGCGGAGCCUCGAACUGCAUGCAGAACCUCUACUAGGAGAAAGCCUAUUAAUGUUGAGCCUGAAAGUUCACAACCCGUGACUCGUACUCGCCGCGCAACAAGAAGAACAGUUGCUGAAGAGGCUGAACAAGAAAACAAAAAUGUGAAUCUACUGGAGACUCCUGCAAUGCUCACCACCCGCAGAAGGGCACCAGCUGCUUCAGCACCCCGGAAAAUGGAUGCCCAAUUGAUGGAACUCGGGGAGGAUGAGAAACUAGUAGGUCAAGAGAAGAGUGAUGUGCCAGAGACUCCAGCAACGCGAACUUCCCAGAGGAAGGCUCCAGCAGUUUCAACAAGGAGGAAAACUGAGGCUCAGAAGGAUGAAAAAUCAGUUCAGAGAGUAUACGGUACGAGGAAAUCAGUGAGGUUGUUGGAGAAAAGCAUGGCUGAUUUGAGCUUGAAGGAGAAAUGGAGAGUUGAAGCUGUGAAGAUUGAGGGAUUGUGUGAGAAAACUGAGGAAGUUGAACAGAAGAAUGAUAUGCCUGGAGGUGAUUCCCAAUUUCUUUCAUGCCAAAACAUAGAUGUGUCACUCGAGAAUGAAAAUGAAAUGCUGCAUGGAGUUCAAGAGGACAACAACAGUAAUGACCAGGAAGGGGAUAGUUCUGAAGUUCUUUCAUUGGGAAACUUGGAGCAUUCUCUAGGGAACGAAAGUGAAAUGAAGCAUGAAUUUCAAGAGGACAACAAGACUAAUGACCAUGAAAUAGAUAACUCAGUAGUUUCUUUUCAAAAAUUGGAUCAGCCUCUAGAGAAUGGAAGUGAAAUGAAGAAUGAACCCAAUGAGCACAACAAUAAUGCUGACCAUGAAGUGUAUUCAGAGGUUCUUUGCCAGAACAUAGAUCAGUUGCACAAGAGUGAAAGUGAAACAAAACUUAAACAUCAAGAGGAUAAAAGGGGAAAUGAUCAUGAAGUGGUUGAUUGCAAUGCGGAAAUAGAAAUAGGUUCUGAGUCUUGCACUAAUUUGGAUAACGAUUCAGGACUAGGGGAAGAUGAUGAAGACAAUUGUGAGAGUUCAGAUGAAUCAUUUUUUCAGCAAGUGGAAACCUCAGAGGUAGAUAUGAAUUGUGAAUCCAUGGAUGAGAAAGGAUCACAUGUUGUGAUAACUGAAAACUCUGAGACUUUGAAUGCUGCUUUGAAGCCAGAAAUUGAAGAACUGAAUGGCAAUCAAGAUUCUAUGAUUGUUGAAGUGUCUGAUGAUAGUUCUGCUUUUGUCAUGGAAACAAUUGUUAAUGUUCCAGAUGAAGUUUCAGUUGAGGUCAUGGAUUCAUUGAUCCCUGAGGUAUCUGAAGCUGAGGGCAAAAGCUCUGAAAUCAAUUUGAUGGAGGAUGAGCAGCAUGGCAGUGAUGAUCCGCAUUCAGAUCCUGCUACUGAGAAAGAUUCUGAUGGUAAUGCCAUUGAGGAAUUGCCUGAUGGCAGUAGAUCAGAUGAAGUUCAAGAAAAUGACAAUGCAGCAAAAAUCCAAGAGAAGGCUCCAUUUCUUCCUCAAGUUGAGUAUGAGAAGUCAGAGAGCAGAAAGGAUGAACCUGAAAGUCCCAGGUUCAUUCUCCAGCAUGAAAAAUGCAAGGAAGCUUCAGAUAACUUAUCAAAUGAGUAUAACAUUGAUGAUGUUAUUGUAAUUGAAGCUAAGGAAUCUGAUAUCCAUGACCAGAAAAGCCCUUUCUGUUGUCCUCCGGUUUCAGACAGUGAAAUUGCAGGUAUAAUUCCUUUGGUUGAUAUUCCAGAAGAAGAAUUUGCUGUGGCUGCUUACGAAUGCGUUCAAACAUUAAACAAGUCACCAACUUCUUUAAAGCAAAUGAGUCCCUAUCAAACUGUUGUUUCAGGAGACCAGGUCACAGGUGGCAUGGUGAUCUCCCCGCCAUUUGCAGCCAACACAAUUCAGGGUCAGUUUCCUCGGCCAACUGAGUCAACACCAAGUAAAUCUUCGACUAAGAAACUGGCAAUAAUUCAGAAGAUCAUCUAUGCAGACUUUAACAAGGAGAACAUUGACAACAGUGGCAGAAAAGUAGAACCUAAUAAAGAAAAGGUCAAGAAGAAGAUUGUUGAGGAAGAGAAAAAAUAUGAGGACUUUAGCGUAAGGCAGCUAACCAAGAUGUUGAAAGAAAAAUUGGAGAUUGCCAAUCAGAAAAAUGGAGGAGUCUCAAAGGUGGGAACAAGACCAGCUUUGCAGGUACUGACAGAGAAUUGUAAGGCUGCUGGUGAACCAGAAAACAAGAACUGAAUUGCUUUGACAUUAAAACUGCAGAAUGUAUGCAUGCAUGCCAGAGGAGUGAUACGAUAGAGCAUGAAUGACCUCUUUUGGGAAUUCAAAACCGAGUUUUUUUUUUUUUUUGGGUUUUCUGUUUCCUUUGCCUAUAUGAAUAUUGAGGGCACAACAAGGAUAUUUUUAUGUUUUUUAUACUCAACAUUUGCUGAUUGUGAUUAUGAAUCAAGAAUAACUUAUCAAUA